GUCGCCCGGCCCGGUUUGGACCGGAGAGGGAACCCGCCCAAGGAAACCGCCAGCGCCAGGUUUUCGCUCGUCCUUCGUCUCCUCCUCCCCCAUCUUCUUCGCCCAAUUUCAAGCCUGAAAAUCCAAAUUCCGGCAACAACAGAGAGAGAUUCGCUCCAAUCAAUCAGGCUGUCUCUCUGUAAAUCUCAAACGCCCCCGGAAUUGAACGGAAAUUCUCGAAAUUCGCCGGAGUGGAAGCAUCAAUUAUAAGCAUUUGAGGGAGAUACCCUUUCUCUGCUUCAUGGGCGCCCCUAAGCAGAAGUGGACAGCCGAAGAAGAAGCCGCACUCAAGGCUGGAGUUCUUAAGCAUGGCGCCGGAAAAUGGCGGACCAUACUUAAGGACCCAGAAUUUAGUGGGGUCUUAUAUUUGCGUUCAAAUGUGGACCUCAAGGAUAAAUGGAGAAACAUGAGUGUCAUGGUAAAUGGUUGGAAUUCACGGGAGAAAACUAGGUUACCUGUGAAAAGGGUUUCACAUGUCACUAGGCUGGAAGAUAGCUCUGCUUCUAUCAGGACUGUUGCCCAAAGUGAUGAAGAAGCUGCGGAUGCAAAGGAUCUAGCUAUUUCUGCUGAUGUAGUGCACAUUGACGGUCCAAAGAGAUCCAUUGUGAGGUUGGACAACCUUAUUUUGGAAGCAAUUACAGCUUUGAAGGAGCCUGGCGGUUCUAAUAGGACCACAAUUGCUUCUUUCAUAGAGGAACAAUACUGGGCCCCACCAAACUUUGAGAGGCUACUAUCAGCGAAGUUAAAGCAUCUGGCUUCUGUGGGGAAGUUGGUUAAGGUAAAACGCAAAUAUAGUAUUCCUCCUGCUCCGGGAUUUAUGGAUAGAAGAAGAGCUACCCCAAUGUUAUUAUCCGACAGACAGCAGAAGUAUCCUCCGAAAGUCGAGGAGGAGGAUAUUGAUAUGCUCACGAGGGAGCAGAUUGACUUGGAGUUAGCAAAGAUGAGGACGAUGACUCCACGGGAAGCAGCCGCUGCAGCAGCUCGGGCUGUGGCUGAGGCAGAAGCUGCCAUAGCAGCAGCUGAAGAGGCAGCAAGAGAAGCCGAAGCUGCUGAAGCUGAUGCAGCAGCAGCACAAGCUUUUGCAGAAGCGGCAAUGAAGACACUGAAAGGAAGGAACCCACCAAAGAUGAUGAUUCGAGCUUAAUUGAGCCUGAGCCAUGGGCUUAUACCUCCGAGGACAAGCUGAGAGCAUUUUUCCAUGAAGCACCUGUUUGAUGCUCUGAGCUGUGCUGGCGAUUUCCUUGUAAAUAGGUUAGAAAUUGAAAAAAGAUUCGACCUGCCCUCUCAUUUCUGAUUCACUUGGCUCUGAGGUCGGCUCCUGAUUGGAUAAUGUCAAUAAUUAGCGCCUUUUGAAGUUUUUUAUGAUUCAGCUGAAGAUAGAUGUAGCUAUAGUAUAGUAACUUGGGAAGUCAUUUUACAUAGUCGAAUUAACCUUAUCUUUGUUCGACUCAGAGACUCUGGAUCUGAAAUUUUGUGUCUAAUACAGCUUUAGCUUCCUGAAUCUCUUGUUCAUGUACAUCGUAGGGAAAGGUUAACUCAAGUUCUUGGGCUUGAUUAGAGCUUGGGUUUGUGAGACUGGGAAAAUUUCGUUCAUGUAGACUGUCGUUUUGGUACUUUUGAGGUUCAUGACAUGGAAUAAUUCUAAAUACAUUUAUUUCCUUAAACUGGUUAUGUAACUGAGUUAGAAAGCGGCCUGUUGGGGUCCGAUCAUUCUCAUC